UGCUCCUUUUACAAGAUAUAGAAUGAUAAGCACUCAAAUAUAUGCUAUAACUUAACUCUGUAAACCGAUUUUAUCAAAAUUUAAGGAAAGUUUGGAAAAAAAUCUCUCCAUGCUGGUCGCCAAGCUUUCAUUUAUCUCAAGUAUACUACUUGUGGACCUUUGUUAUGCACUGACCAAUAUCACAGUGUCAUUUGAAAAAGAUGCUUGUGAGUCCAGUAAGCGAGCUGUUAGCGACACAACAAUAUAUCAUGUGACAUAUGACGGUUCGCCAAUUGAUUAUUUGUUGUGUAACAUGAUGAAAUUCUAUGGCGGAGACUCCUCCCUGAUCAAUGAGUACAGAGUCUGUAUCUCUCUACUCCAGUAUGACGAUCCCGACUGUGCUAUAUGGUUUGGAUACAUUACGACACCAGCAGAAACGAGAGUUUUCAACUGCACUGUGCGUCCUCCUUCCACUUGGUGCCUCGAGGGAACGGAAAUGAUGAGGAUACAAAUAAAAGCCCAAACCAAUGUGACAUCCACGGAGAACGUCAAAUUCCGGAUGACCGUUUUUGGAAAAUUAUUGACUAACUACGUACUCAUCCUCUCUGGGUCAAUUGGAGGCAGUGUAGGCGGACUGAUUGUAAUAUACACUGCUGUUAAACUGUUUCUAUACAUAAGAAAGAAUACAAGAUACUAGAUGGUUUUCAUUUAGUCUACAUUUGAAUGAUCAAGUAAUUUUACAAUAGACUAUAAAUCAUAGAAAUAAUGUGUUCUUUGUUGAACGCUUAGAUUUCUUCAAUCAACUUUUAUUUUCUAAUGUUAUUAAUAUUAACGAUUUAAUAUAUAUGAAUGGUAAAUGUCAAGAAAGAAUAAACAAGAAUGUAGAAAAUGUACAGUAAAGAUAAUUUUUCUUUACAACAUGUUGCACUUUAAAAUUUAUGUGAG